AUGGGGCAAUGUGAAAAUAUUGAUAUUGAUUAUAAAGAGUAUAUGGUAGCAAAAAAUGAUUCCGAAACUGAUAGCAGCAAAGAAAUUGAAGAGAAUGAUGAAUAUAACCAAGAAACGGAUGAUGAACUAAUAUUAAGUG